CUCUCUUCGAAUUCCCUUUCUCUUCUCCAAAACCCUAGCCCCACAUCGGCGCCGUAACAUGGCGUCUCGGGGAGGUUACGACGGCGGCUCCGCCACGGGAGGCAAGAUCCGUAGGCGCCCUCCCUCCCGCGUCGCAGCUGCGUCACCCUAUGCGCUCCCGGCUCCUCCUACUCAUCCAGCGUCGUACGGCGGUGAAGGGAGCGGCUGGCUCGCCCGUCUCAUCUCCGGUGGCGCAUCGCGCCUCCUCUCCUCUGUGUUUCGCAAGCCGCCUCCUCAGCUCGCCGCGCCUACGCUUUCGGAACCAGAGUUGGUCGACGCUCCUUGCUCGCCGCCGCCGCCGCCUUUAGAGAACGACAUUCUAGAAGAAGAAAACGGAGGAGGAACUGCUAAUAAUCUGUCUACUGAUAAUCCUGAAAAUUAUCCCAUUGAUGGAGAUGACAUUCUAAGUUCUUGUUUCAAUGGUAGUAUGGAUCUUGAAGAAUUGUUGAAGCAGAAGACCUUUACAAGGAGUGAGUUUGAAUAUUUGACUGGGUUGUUGCGAUCCAGAACUGUUGAAUCCAAUACAAUGCAGUCAGAAGUUAAUAAUAUAAAGCAAACAUUGUCUCCCGAGAAGGAAAAGGGAUCUAGAGACUUACCUGUUGAUUUCUCCAUUAAAUCAUACAGUAUCACUGAUCAAGUUGCUUCACCUGCAGAACUUGCAAAGGCAUAUAUGGGUUCAAGAUGUUUAGAGGGGGCACCGUUACGCCUUAGAUUGCAUGAACCCUCCUCCCUUUCUGUCAAAUCAAUAGAAUCUGGCACAAUACAAAUAGCUAAAUCUCCAAAGGCCCCACUUCUUGGAAUUUCAAGAUUGUCUGCUUCCACACCCUUUGAUCGCCUUGGAAGCAGCUAUAGGACUCCAAAUAAAUCAGCAAUACACAAAUUGUCAUCAUCUCCUUAUUUUAAGGGUCCUGUUUCUUCUAGGGACAUAUGUGGUACUGUAUCUUCAUCAUAUCAGACUGCAAACAGCGUUCAUACAUUUGGCAGGCAGCAGUUCCUGAAGAGAAAGAAUAUUGCUCUCAACAAUGAGACUGUGUCUGUUGGCCCCAUACGCAAAAUGCACCAAAGAUAUAACAGAAUAUCAUCACUCUCGGAAACAUGGCCUGGUUAUCGUAAGUAUCCUGGUAAUGAUGCAAGCAAACUGGAUGAAGGUUUUGAACACUCCACACAAACUCAAAAGCGUCUGCGUCUGGCUGAAGUUGAUGAUGGCACUCUACGUAUCUGUGGCAACAGUUUUGUUCAAGCACCAGUUCAAUCAACUGAGAUGGCCGCAAAGAUAUUGAAACAGCUUGAUACAUUAGUCCCUUCACCUCCAGAGAAGGAAAGCACACCAGAAAUGAAGCAAAAACAUGGAAAUGCCCUGGAUGUUGAGGAUUCUAUUUCUCGGAGAAAGGAAAUACCAUCUCAGGGCAGCCUUUUGGAAUCAUCUUUGUCAUUCAUCCCAGCUGCAAUAGAUGGCAAGACUGUUGAUGCUAUGUCAAACGGUUCUGCCCUCCUAGAAAGUAAAUCAUCCUCUGAAUUAAUAACUUCACCCAAGGAUUCUCUGGAGGUGGACCACUGCAGUGGAAGUAUUGAAAUUGUGAAAAGCUACUCACCAAUCCAGGAACAUACUGCUAACAACUCUGGAACAACAAAUAAGGAGAAUCCCCCAACAGCCUCUUUGCGAAGCUAUUCUCCUUCCAAUCUGGUGUUAUCUAGUGAAAUAAAACGAACCAAAAUGCUGGCUUCAUCAAAUGGCUUCUCAUUCCCUGUCACGGCUGCACCGGGUGCCCACUCACAGGCCCCUCCAACGCCUACUAUGGCAUCUCCACCCGCACUACAUGUUGGAAAGCACAAAUCUUCUGCACUACCCAGUGUGCCAGUUACUUCCCCGGAAAGUGCUCCAAGGAUUUUGAAACGAGUUUCAGAAGAAAGCUCAAUUUCAGACAAGCACAAUAAGAAGUUAAAUGGAGAAAUGCCGCCGGUUUCUUCCAAGGGUGCUGGACAUGUUGCAUCAUUCACUAGUAAUCCUGUAUUUGCUGUUGCCAAUUCCAAGCCUACAACCUUAAGUAAUGGGCUAGAACAUACAUCAAAAUCAACUGCCUCUGCUGUUCUGGCUUCUAAUAGACCGAACUACUCAUUUUUGUCUACAAAUACCGCCUCUUCCCAAUCUGCUAGAGCACCAACAUCUGGAAGUGCCAAUGCGCCUUUCAAUUUCUCACCAAAGUUUGGUGGUGCAAGUUUGUUAGCUGCCCAGAACAAAUCCAAGGCAGGAAGCAGCAGUGCCCCAUUUAAUUUCUCUCCGCAGUUUGGCAGUGUGAAUUUGGUCGUGUCUCUGGAUAAGUCCAAAGUAACCUCACCUGAAUCAACGUUGUUGUCUGGAAACCAGUUCGCCCAACCAGGAAAUAACAAUUCAUUGUGCACACAGAGUUCAGCAAGUAAGUCACAUAUGAUGUCUCCGGAAGAAUCAAACAUGGGGAGUUUACCAUUUGGUUCAGCACCUCUGAGCCCUAGUCCUUUCAGUUUGAGCUCUGUAGUUUCUUCCACAGCUGCCUCUGGCACGACCUCUGUGAUUACAACUUCUCCACUGCCUCUGCCAUCUAUGGCUUCUUCUGCUUUGGGGUCUAGUAAAGCAUUCUCGGUCUCACCAAUAUUUGGCAGCAGUCCAAUCACGAUUGCUCCAUCGUCGUUUGGCAUGCCGGAUAAUGGUUCUGCUAUGUCCAUUAGCCCCUCUAGCGCUGUAUUUUCAUUCACUUCGGCUACACCUACAAUACCAGAUCCACCAUCCUCAACACCACUAUUUGGUAGCACGAUCCCAACUAUUGGCUUCAGUACAGGAACUGGUCAGAUGAUUGUGGGGAAUAACCAGACUCUUUCUGUUACGGCCCCACCAUUUGGCUUUCAGAGCAAUUCACUGUCAACUCCAGCUUUCAGCGGCUUUCAGAGCAAUUCACUGUCAACUCCAGCUUUCAGCAUGCCAGCUACUCAAUUCGCUUCCACCUCAACCACCUCACCUGGCAUUUUCCAGUUUGGCCAGCAGAGUCAAGCUUCGUCAGGUGUCUUUUCAAUGGGCACUGUCCGCGACAAUGACAAGUCUGGCAGAAGAAUUGUCAAGGUAAAGAGAAAGAAAUAGGCUACUCUGUUCAAAGUUGAUUGAGGCUCGGAACUUGCAGUCAAAUUGGCCUGUGGACCAGUCUACAUUGCAAAUUGAUAUGGCUUCCAGGGCUCUGGCGAUCGGCGAGUGUAGUGCAGCACAUUUGUUCACUUGAUAUCGACUGAUCUGACAUGAGAUUGCCCGUGGCGUUUUUGGCACAGUACCUAUGGUGGACUCUCUCUAGUCUAUAUUGUUGAACUGAAUUUUGUUGCAUGAUUUUGUUCCCUGAUCUACCAUAUUACAAAAACAUUUGUAUAUCGAAGUAAUGUUUCGGGGUAUCUGUUCUUGUUACUGCUCAGUCCUAUGAUCCGUGCACCUUCUAAAGUCGAUUCAUGCAUCGUUCAUGUAGGGAAACACAAUUUUGGUCUGUGUAACGAGAAGGGUCAGAUUUGCGGGUUGCAGUACACUGACAACUUAUUGUUGGUUGCA